AUGUCUCUAGACGGAGAACCAGCCGCAGAACCCAGCCGUAAGCGGGCGAAGACUGUGAAGCAGGCUAUGAACGGGGCAAAUGGAAUCAAAAUCUCACCGCAGACCCCAUCUGAGAGGGUCAUAGAGGCUCUGUUCUCUGCAUCUGCUGCGGCAAAGAUCUGGAGCGUGGCUGCCCGCGCCUUAGGAAGCGUCAGUCCACCAAUACUCUAUCCCGAGUACACCGACAAGAGCGGCAAUUAUAUUUACCGAACUCUGGACUUCUGGACAUCAGGCUUCUUCCCAGGAUCGCUCUACCUCCUCCUCGAACGCUCGAUGAGAUAUCCACAAGGCAAGAGCCAGUCACCCGGUCGAGAAAUUCAAUGCAAGCCUCACAACCUGCAACUCGAGUACCUUUGCCGUUGGUGGACCGCCAACUUACAUAAAAAUGCUCUGAAGCAAGACACACAUGAUCUUGGCUUUAUGAUUGCACCAUGGGCCAUGAAGGCCUGGCAGCUACAUCGAGAUCCAUCGGCAUACAACACGCUCAUAAUGGCCGCACACUCCCUCGCAAGCCGGUUUAACGCAACAACGAAAUGCCUUCGAAGCUGGGACGUUUGCAUUACGCAGAGAUACAAAUUCACAGAUCCAUCGCGCGACUUCCUGGUCAUUAUCGAUAACAUGUUAAACCUGGAUCUGCUCUUCUGGGCCGCAAAAGAAACCUCAAACCCAGCGUUGUAUGACGUCGCAAAAGCACACGCGCACACGAGUCGCAAAAACCACAUUCGCGACGAUAACAGUACAUUCCACGUCGUCAACUUCGAUGCCGAGACCGGAGAUGUCAAAUCCCGCUUCACGAACCAGGGGUAUAGUGACGAUAGUUGCUGGGCUCGAGGACAGGCAUGGGGUAUUUUGGGGUUUAUGCAGACAUAUGAGUGGACGCAAGAACCUGCAUUCCUGAACACGGCUAGGGAUCUGGCGGGGUACUUUAUAUCCCAUUUACCUGCUGACGGCGUUCCAUAUUGGGAUUUGACAGCGCCAGUGACAGAUACAAGCCCUCGGGAUACCUCUGCAGCUAUGAUUGCCGCUUGUGGAUUUUUGCUUCUUUAUAAAGCGCUAAAGGGCGGCAUAGGGGCUGACCACUAUCUCCAGGAGGCAUUCAAGCUUGUUGCUGCUGUGGUCCACACGCAUAUGAGCCCGCAAACACUUCAGUUCGAGGCUACUGCCCCCACAAGGCAAGUUCCAGUAUAUCCAGAGGGAAGUACGGAUGGUUGCUCCACUGAUGGUUUCGACUUAUUACGUGUCUCGCAGAAGUCUGAAUCCACAGUGGGGAACUGUGAGACGAUUCUUGAGGGAGCCACCAUCAACAACUACGAGUUCGCGCCGAGGAAAUGGUCUAAUCAUGGACUGGUGUAUGCAGACUAUUACUUCUUACUUUUUGGCAACAUGCUCCUUCGCAUGGGCUUGAGUUCCCCGUCGAAACUGUUUUAG